AUGCAGCGCACCUCCACAAAGGCUUCCAGUCAUGCCACUCUGGAAGACGGUGCAAUCAACGCCACUUCGAACUUAUCGUCCCUGCAGGCCAGUGAAAUAGGAGACAGUGAUGAAGAAUCCAUGUUCGGACCACAGUACCACAGUCACAUGCGGAUUGCCGUCAUCGUCAUCAUGAUCGCCUUCUCUAUCGUUGGCAACUGCGUCGUCUGCUGGAAGCUCUUACGAAACCACCGCCGCAGACGCUACCAGAAAGCCCACGUCCUCUUCUUAAACCUCGCCGUUGCCGACCUGCUUGUCACAACCGUGACGAUGACAUCCCAGACUGUAUGGGAGAUCAUGGGCCGCGUCUGGAUUGCCGGUGAUGCGUUCUGCCGAGUCUUCAAGGUUAUCCAGACUUUCGCACUAGCGGCCUCCACGUACAUGAUCGUGAGCAUCGCACUGGACAGGCACUUCGCUAUUGUGUACCCGCUUGCCAGCUGCUUGGCACCCUCACACCUGGCGGCCGCCGCCUGGUUCACCUCGCUGAUCCCGUCUCUGCCCAACCUCUACAUGUUCCGGCUUGUUGAGGCCGGCGUGGGUCUUCAGUACUGUGCAUCGGUGUUCUACACCCAAAAGGUGGAUUCGCCUCUUCCUCGUCAACUGUACAUGACCUUCGUUUUCCUAGGCGUCUUUGUCGUUCCUCUCAUCCUGUUGGUCGUGCUCUACGGCCGAAUCCUGGCCGAGAUAUGGAAACAGAGCUCGGCGCUGAAGAACAGACGUCAGACUGCCUCGCCAUUCCCAAAGGCCAAGGUGAAGACCAUCAAGCUCACUGCCGCCAUAUUCAUCGCAUUCCUCGUAACCAACGUUCCAUACAUGGUGCUAGAAAUGGUCCUCGCCUUUGCUGGCACCAGCGCCUCUCUCGAUCAGAACAUGGUGGCGCUCUUCGGUGUGAUCUCGGCCUCGAACAGCACCGUAAAUCCUUACAUAUUUCUGUUCUUUCAAAAGAGCAGUGGAAGCAGAAAACGGAGGCGUCUCGUGAUGCCCUUCCGCAAGGACGCAGUAGCUGAGCUACCCAGGGGCCACAGUGGCUGCGGUAACGGAGGCGUCGAGUUGUGCACCAUUCAGGGAAAGCAGCACUCACCGGCUGCGUACAGUCUCACACCGAGGAAGAGCAGCGCAGUCUCUUCACUGAGUCAACCCAUGGAGCUCAGCAGCUUAUGACGGAUUGCCUACUUCCGCCACUUCCGCAAGGCUUCACGCGCACUGAACGGUGAGAGACAGUGAUUCCGGUGC